AUGGCAAGCAGAAGUCUAUUGAAUCGCUCCUUCUUGUCGGCUACGCGCAACCAUGUUGCUACAUCUCCAGCUGCAAGGCAGCUCUGGGAUUAUCAUCGCCGCCACAUCCAUCCUCUCGCCACAGACUGGUCGUCGCCUCCGGCAAUUCAGUCGAACCUUGUGCCUAUUGUCAUUGAGCAAACGGGAAGGGGCGAACGGAGUUACGACAUAUUUUCCAGGCUCCUCAGAGAGCGGGUCAUCAUGUUGUACGGACCUAUUAGGGAUACCGACUCGGCAUUAACAGUUGCACAGUUACUCUUCCUUGAGGCUGAAGAGACGUCAAAACCCAUUCAUCUGUACAUCAAUUCUCCAGGAGGCAGUGUAACCGCGGGCUUGGCGAUAUAUGACACAAUGCAGUAUGUAUCUUCGCCAAUACACACGUACUGCGUUGGGCAGGCGUGCUCUAUGGGAUCCUUGCUUUUGGCAGCGGGCGAGAAGGGAAAACGACACGCGCUGCCCCACUCGACCAUCAUGAUUCACCAACCCUCCGGUGGCGCCUCCGGGCAAGCAUCGGACAUUGCCAUUCACGCGAAAGAGAUACUGCGUGUGCGAGAACUGCUCACGGGGAUCUAUCAGAAGCAUUGUGGUCAUGAAAGCGAACAUCUAAAAGAUGGAAUGCGGCGGUUUGAGAAGGCAUUGGAGCGGGACUAUUUCAUGACGGCGGAGGAAGCACUCCAGUUCGGGAUAGUAGACAGUGUGUUAGAGAAGCGCCCCAAGCUGGAUAACCCGAUUUAG